AUGGAGCUUCAGCACAACGCGUCCAUCUCGCUUCGAGCCGACGCCACGCCCCCCAGAUCAAAGAUCUUUGACAAUUCUUUCAACUCACUGAAAAGCUCUCAAGCCAUUAGGAUUCUACUCUUCAGAGGACGAAAGAGUCAUGUCAAUUACGACUGUGACAGGAAGAAGAAAGUAAUGGCCAUCAUUGGCGAAGAGAAGCUUGACAGCGUCCCCGGCACUGUGUUUGAAAUGGGAAUGUCUGGUCAGAGCUAUGUCAUCUACAAUGCUGUCUAUGCUGUGGCACAUGCUCUCCAUGCCAUGUAUUCAUCGAGAGCUCAGCAGAGAGUGAUGGAGGAGGGAGGUCUUCUCUAUGCUCAGCCAUGGCAGAGAGUUCCACGCAGCACAUGUGUUGAGAGCUGCCGCACCGGACACAGCAAGAUUGUUCAAGAGGGGAAGCAAGUUUGUUGCUAUGCUUGUGCUCAAUGCCCAGAAGGAAAAGUUGCCAUCCAGAUGGAAGAUGAACAUCCAAACCAGAAAAGGGAUCAGUGCAUUCCGAAAUCCAUAACCUACUUGUCCUACCAGGACCUCUUGGGAGCAGCCUUGGCUUCUAUCGCUAUUUUAUGUUUUGUGGCCACAGUUAUAGUGAUGGGGAUCUUUGGUGCACAGUGGAACACACCCAUUGUCAAAGCCAACAAUCGAAGCAUCACCUGUGUCCUGCUCUUCUCUCUGAUGCUUGGCUUUCUGUGCUCCUUCCUCUUCAUCGGCCGGCCUGGGACAGUGAACUGCCUCCUCCGACAAACAUUGUUUGGUAUCAUCUUCACCAUUGCUGUAUCUUGCAUAUUGGCCAAAACCGUCACUGUGGUGGUUGCCUUCAUGGCCACCAAGCCAGGGAAUCAGAUGAGGAAAUGGGUGGGGAAGAGACUGGCCAUGUCAGUCAUCAUUCCCUGUUCUUUAAUUCAAACUGGCAUCUGUGUGCUGUGGCUGGCAACUUCACCCCCCUUCCCAGAGUCUGACAUGCACUCCCAAAUCAGUCAUAUCAUCAUACAGUGCAAUGAAGGCUCAGACAUCAUGUUCUACAUUGUACUGGGCUACAUGGGUCUUCUGGCCACCAUCAGUUUCAUGAUGGCCUUCCUAGCACGGACAUUGCCGGAUUCUUUCAAUGAAGCCAAGCUGAUCACCUUCAGCAUGCUGGUCUUCUGCAGUGUUUGGAUCUCCUUUGUCCCCACUUAUCUGAGCACCAAAGGGAAAGACAUGGUGGCCGUGGAGAUCUUCUCCAUCAUGGCCUCUAGUGGAGGCUUAUUGGCUUGUAUCUUCUUUCCCAAAUGCUACAUUAUUAUUUUCAGGUCUCAACUGAACACCAGAGAGCAACUAGGAAGGAAAACAUAA